ACAUGGAGUAGAUCUUUACAAAGGCAUACCUCUGAAAUUUUACAGUGUAGUUCAGAAAAUUCAGACUUGUUUCAAAAUAGUUUAACUGUGAAUAUAGGACAAGGUGCGUCAUUAAGUGGCAUUAUUCACGAGUGGUUUCGGGAAAUUCAACAUUUGUUUCCUUACGAGGCAUCUUGUUUGGAUUCUUCUCCAUGUAGCAAUAUAUUAACGAUGAUAAAUGCAGGCCACCAUUCCAUAGGGUGUUCAAUUAAAAGAUGCAGUGGUAAAAUUAAACUGCUUUGCAUGUACGAGGGAGGCGCUGAGUAUCCCCCGGUGUACAAACCAGGCGCCCCCUGUACAAAGUGUUCCGACGAGGCUGCCUUUUGUGAGAACGGGCUUUGUGUUGCGUGUAACCCAACUACAGAGAGUUGCGACUGCAGAAAGACUUGUAAUAAACCCUUGAUAGGCCAAGGAACUCUAGACAACAGUACAUGUACUUGUACCUGUAGUUCUGGAAUGGGUCCGAAUUGUGACGAGGAAUGUAAGAAUCAAAACAUGUAUGAAAAUUGGGACAUCUGCGAGGAAGUGACUGAGGCCGAGUGUAAUUCGCCAUAUCCAGAGGAAAGAGAAAUGUUCGAAGAGUUCUGUCCCCUGAAAUGUGGGGCAUGUAAUACUUUUCCAUACAGCCAAAUUUUCUCAGCUUUGAUGAGGAGAAGUAGAGGGAAGUAACAAAAGUAAUGAGAAUUUUUCAGUGGACGAAAGCUGCAACUGGACAUAACACAAACAAUUUAUAAGAAUUGUAAUUUAUGUCCAACAUUUAUUAACUGAAGUAACUGAGGGUCUACCCCCUGAGGCUUACACUUUAGUAAAACAAAGCUUCUCCGAUUUUGUGCUGCUUAUCAUCAAAGCAUACUUGUGAUUGAAGACAUAUCUGUUGUAAGAAGCCACCGUCUCUAUAACUUCUAUUUAUUUAUUUUCCAUUGUAGUCAAGCUCUAUUUGAAUAUUCCUCAUUUACAUUCAAUUUUUU